AUGAGGGGAGCUAUCCUGGCCACCGCGGCCGCCUUCGCCGGCACCGCCGUUGCGGACAUGCACAUGCGCCGCCAUGCCCACGAGGGUCUUCACCACCGUGCCCUCCACGCCUCUUCCGCUGUUCCCGAGGAGGAGUGCGGCUGCACCACCGAGGUCAUCACCUACUGGGGCGAGCCUACAACUAUCCCCCUCUCGGUUCCUACCAGCACCGUGACCUCUGAGACCACCGAGACUGUUCACUCUACCAGCUACAGCACCGUCACGGUCACUGCGACUUCCUCUGCCGCUCCGGUCGAGACUCCUUCCGAGACUCCCUCUCCAACCCCCGAGGUCACUCUCCCCACCGCCGGCGUGACCAGCUACUCGGAGACUGGUACCUACACCAUCCCUGCUACCACCAUCACCGUCACCGAUACCACCACUGUCUGCGGCGCUACUACCACUGAGCUCCCCAGCGGUACCCACACCUACGGUGGUGUCACCACCAUUGUCGAGACCGCCACGACCAUCACCUGCCCCUAUGCCACCGUCAAGCCCACUGGCAGCACCGUCACCAGCGUCAUCGAGACCACGACCUACGUCUGCCCCUCGGCUGGUACCUACACCAUUGCCCCGACCACCACCUUCGUCCCUACCUCCACCGUCGUUGUCUACCCCACCCCGGAAACCGUCACCCCUGGCACCUACACCAACCCUGGUACCACCAUCACCGUGACUCGCACUGAGGACGUCUAUGUCUGCCCUUACACCAACGGCAAUGUCCCCACCAGCGUCCCUGCCCUGCCCACCACCUCUGCUGCCUCGACCACUACUGCUGUUCCCAGCAGCAGCACCACCACCUCGUCUGCCACCAGCGUCCCCACCGGUGCUAGCGGAAACAAGAUGGGUAUGACUUUCACCCCCUACAACAACGACGGAAGCUGCAUGGCCAAGAACGAUGUUCUUGAGCAGGUUGGUCUUAUCAAGGGGAAGGGAUUCUCCCACGUUCGUGUUUACGGAACCGACUGCCACACCCUCGAGUACGUUGGAGCUGCUUGCAGCACCCACGGCCUCAAGAUGAUCCUCGGUGUCAAUGUCGAGGGCUCCACCGGUUUUGAUGGUGCUCGUUCCCAGUUCAAGGACAUUACCAACUGGGGCCAGUGGGAUCUUGUCUCUCUCAUUGUUGUCGGUAACGAAGUCGUCACUAGCAACAUCGCGUCCGCUGCCCAGCUCGCCAGCUUCGUCUCCGAGGGCGCCAGCGCUUUCUCUGCCGCCGGCUACACUGGCCAGGUUACCACCGCUGAGCCUAUCGACGUCUGGCUCAGUAACGGUGCUACUCUCUGCCCUGUCGUUGAUAUCCUGGGUGCGAACCUUCACCCCUUCUUCAACCCCGAGUUCACCGCCGCUGAGGCCGGUACUCUCGUCAGCAACCAGAUCAAGGAUCUGAAGCAGGUCUGCACUGGCAAGGACGUCAUUAACCUCGAGACCGGCUGGCCCAACGCCGGUAGUGCUAACGGCAAGGCUAUUCCCGGUCAGUCCCAGCAAACCACUGCCAUCAAGUCCCUCGUCGAGAAGGUUGGCGAUGUUUCCGUUUUCUUCUCCUACGCCGAUGACGGCUGGAAGUCUAAGUUCGCUACCAGCGACAAAUACAAUGUUGAGCAGCACUGGGGAUGCAUCGACCAAUUUUAAGUCGGUAAUCCGGGCGUCUAGUUGCGCGGCAUCUUGAAUGCAGACUUUCGUGUUUCCCUGUUAUGUCCGUCGUUGCACUUAGCACGGUGGGACCAUAUUCUCCUUUUCUUCGUAUACUUUGUGCUCCUGUAGUAAAUAUAUCACCUUCUUGUCUUCUAUAUCGAUUGGUUCAUUUUGGGUUGCAUCCGCCGGUUUACUUUGUUCUUACUCUGUACAUGCUAAUUCAACGG